AUGAAUCAUAACUGGAACCCACCCAAUAAAUCUCAGUUGAAACUAAACAUUGAUGCAGCCUGGAUCUCUGCCAACUUGCCGACAGGUUUUUCUUUAAUCCUUAGAAAUGAUGCAGGAGUUCUUGAACAAGGAAGAACAGGAGCGUUCACAGCUUCUACACCUGAAGAAGCGGAAGCCUUAGGAUUGUUGCAGGGAGCUAAAUGGGCAUCAGAAUUUGGACUGUCCAACUUUUUAGUAGAGGGAGACUGCAAAAAUCUUUUUGAUUACCUUAAUGGGUAUGAGUCUUUAAUUGAAUGGCAGAACAAAGCCAUCUUGGAUGAAGCCAUCAUUGAACUUAAAUCAUGUAAUAACUUUUUUGGGUUUUUAUUUUGUUCCUAUGACAGCUAA